UAAUUUUAUACGUCUGUGUGCUAACACUUCGGUAGGCGGAUGGGCUUUGAUAGUUUGUUAGAACACUUUGCGGAGAACUGUUGUUGUUCCAGGGGUACUCAUUCAACCCGAACCUAACCCUGGCCCACAAACUGUUGAAGUUUGUUCGGCUGGGGGUUCUCCCGGACCCAGUAACAACAGACGUUUCUAGAUCUGUCGUUUUGUCAGUCAUUCCUUUAUCGUGCUCCUGAAUGGCUGAAAAGAAAGGAUUUCAAUGCGAGAACGCAGCCGGUGUGGAUUCAUCAUCACUCGCCGCACAGUGCGAGCAUGCGGAUGCUGUCGCUUCGGAGGACUGUCGAGCAACUCAAGCGGAGACGGAGGCCUGCACGCCAAUGAUCGGAAUGCAUCCUGGAUCAUCGCCUGCAGAAACACGUCAACUGCCAGUUGCGGUGCGACAGUUUGCGGAGAUUCUACGUCGUCGCUACCGCUCUACCAAGGUAUGGUUGGGGAAGGGUAUGAGCACUAAGGCGAACAAACGACCGCUAGAUAAAAUCUUUGUCAAUGUGGUGGUCAUACCGCGUGAAGAACUGGCUUCACUGAAUGAACAAACUUUCUUCGGCUCGCAAAGCGAUGUGCAGAAGUUGAGCCAUGUGUUCUCGCGAGUCGCAGACAAAGUGCAGCACGUGCAACUGGCCAAUAUGUUUGACUUUGACGGGGAAGAACUUGAUGAAGACGAAUCAGUUCGUGUAUUGGCUGUUGCAUGUGCUGGCGCUGGCAAGACGACCAUAUUCUUGUUGAAAGGUCCUAUGGACUGGGCAAGAGGUCUGAUCUGGCAUGAGUUUGACAUUGUGAGUGCAUUGGCGCUGCGUGAUGCUCGUGUUCGAAAUGCCAGAACUGUUGUUGAGCUGUUACAACUAGAGAGAUACGGUAUUGUCAAUGCGGUAGAGCAAGGUGAAAUUGCUUCGUUUGUACACGCUAACCCGCAGCGCUUUUGUAUCACAUUUGAUGGCUUAGAUGAAACACUGCUCGAUACCUGUAGCGAUUUUGUGCGCGGAAUUAUUCGCGGCGAGGAGUUGAAAGGCGUUCGCUUGAUUCUAACGUCGCGCCACUCGGCAGAAGUCAUGAAACUGUCGGCCACGUGCCAGUUUGAUCGCCGUGUAGAGGUGCUUGGAUUCACGAGGGACAAUGUGCGCGAGUACGUGAACAAUGUACUACCGUGCGAGCAGGCAAGCACCAUGCUAGAGCAGGUCGAUGCAGAUCCGAGUUUAGCAGCCAUUCUGCAAACACCUUUCUUCACGGAGUCGACGUGCGACGUUUUCCGCAAUUGUGGCUCUGUUCCUUCGUCACUGUUCGGCAUCUUCACGUCUUUGAUCCUGAGUAUUGUUCGACAGAACACUGAGAUUGCGUAUCCAGACUGGUCGUCUAUUCCGCGUAUCUUGAAGGAGAAGAUCCUGGAGUUGGGUCAUUUUGCGUUUCUGAUGCUAGUUGAUAAGAAGGUGGUGUUUAUCGACCGUGACCUUGAUGAACAGCAGGUGUCGAAGGAAAGUCGCUCACUUGGUCUUCUUGUAGCAUGCGAGUCACUGUCGUAUCCAUGCGUUAGUCAAUGGCAAUUCAGCCAUCUUUCAGUUCAAGAAUGCCUUGCUUCUCAGUACAUUGCAUCCACUGCUCCCAAUGCGAGCGACGUUAAAUUCCUUGUGAGGCAGGUGGGAGCUUUGACUGGUCACUUGAGCACCUUUUGGUGUCUGCUUGCAUCACAAUUGGCACCUGACGCCAAAGAAGCCUUGAUUUCAGCUAUUCUUACUCAGCCUGUUCCACGUGAAGAAGAUGUUCGCAAGCUUGCGUCAUGUAAAGAUGUGACGCAUUUCCUUCGCUCAUCUGAAAACGAUCUUCUGCUGGUGUCAGAAGUUCUGUGCGAACAUCUUGACGAUUCGGCCGUCCAGAGUCUAGCUGUUUGCCUUCUUGAUGAUCUACUACCAGACGGUGUGAGUGUUUCUCAGGCUAUCGAAGAAGUUCUUCCUCACUCUUUCACUUCGUCGUUACUGGACUACGUCCGCGCUCUUCUGCAGCUGUGGCGUCGCAAAGCACCACGCGCUAGCAUCAGAAUGCUGUGUGCCGCCUUGAAGUCUAUCAAUUCCUAUGCAUCUGACCAUGUUCUCGAGUAUUUCCAGGCAAAGCAAAGAGCAAGCCUUGAUUCCAUGCACACAUCGGCAUCACCUUCCUCCUCAGAACAAGAGCAUUCGGUCAUGACUGCCCCAUUGAAGGGGUCACUCUCAGGAAGCUCUUUGGAGGAAAUGCGUACUCCAGUCCGUCGUCAACUAAUGCUACUUGCUUGCCGUGUGUUUGGUCAGCGUGGAUCGGACAUGGACAACACGUCCAACGAUAAACCAUUACCGCCUUCAUCAAGUCUGGCGUUGGCAUUCUCUCAUGCUGGGCUUGAUUUCAAUCACGUUCUUCUUUCCUCGGCUGAUUGCCAUCUUAUCUCAUCAGUGAUUGAAGCGCAUCAGAAAUCCAUCCGCAUUGUUUCGAUAUCCAGAUGCCAGAUAGAUGACAAUGGUUUCAAGGAACUUGGUGCAGUGCUUUCCAAAUGUUCUGGAUUGGAGUUUGUCAACCUUGCAGACAAUUCGAUAUCAGAUCGCCACGUGUCACUUAUCAGCAAGAUGAUCGUCGUCAACCAGUCAACUUUGCAGAAUCUAAUUGUUGGGUGGCUACAGAUCUCCUCCUCUGGAUAUGCACAGUUGGUUCCAGCAUUGGUCCGUUGUCACGAUAUUCGGCGUGUUACAUUAGGCAGUCCACAUGCCCAGGAUAUCAAAUAUAACACUCUUGUAGCCCUUGUCAUUCUGGCUUACUGCAAACGGCUUUACAGCGCGAAUUUUCGUCUGUUGUUUGGUGAUGAGGGUUUUGGUAUGAUCCUUCCAUUACUGAUUUCAAGGCCAUUUAUAGGACUAACUUUCAUGAACGCAGGAUUGUCGUCACAGAGUGCACCUCUGGUAGAGCGCUUGCUAACUGCACAUCAGCUUUGGGUUUCCCACUUUGGGGUCAGCCACAAUUGUCUUACGGACACGUUCCUGUGCCGUGUUGCUCCGAGUCUCAUGCAGUGUACAUCACUGGACGUGUUGUCCUUGGUUGACACAGGUCUUACAUCAGAGUCACUUUCUGGUCUCGCUGGUAUCCUCGCGUCAUGCCCUUGCCUUCGUGUUCUUCUUCUUGUUGACAAUGAUUUUCAAGUUCAGAACGAGACGGCAAGUACCGAGUUUGCCAGGGCUGUGGGUGCCAGUAAGAAGUUGCUGGUGCUUACAAUGCCUCUGAAGAAGUUCGUGAACGAUCGUUUGGCAGAACUUCUAGCUAGUUUAGCUGCAGGUAAACCCCAGCUGCUCAUUCAGUACGCAGACAGAUAACGUUUCAUGCCGUCAUGCCUCUGCUUAACCGGGCCGUCACGAGUAUGUGUGGAGAUACCCACUGAGUAUUGGCACUGGGUACAUUUGUAUAUUUGUAUAUACUAAAGCAGAUACUCAUGUAAACUGAUCACUUGACAUUGUAUGCAUACAGUGUACUUACUAGUGUAAUGUUUUGUAUAUCUAUUUCUUGAAGUUAUGCCAAUGAUGUCAUGCUGAUGAGUCAGCAUAUUUUCUCAUGUCCAUUGAGUAUUGAGUGGUAGACUGGUACUAGUGCAUUGCUGUAUAGCGGCAUGGUCAUUCCAUGCACAGAUUCUUUAGUGACGGUGUAUUUACGCAGCCAUUUAACAAUAGAAUUGAUUGCGAUCGCGUAUGCGCAACGCUGUGUUCAAUUGUUGCCGUGCAACAUAAACGACCUAUAAUUUACUAAGUCUGAUAUCGGACACACGAUCAUUAAGGCGGCUACAUUCUUCACUUGAUUUGCACGUGCGUUUAAAGUGCAUCAUUUAUUCGCACUUUCCUGGAGCAUGUGGUCCACAAUCACACAUAAUUCCAUAUUUUCAGGCAUAAACGUGUUCUUUCUGAUUCGUGUCUUACUGAUGUGGGAAUUCCCCAGUUCAUGCAUCUUUCUUUCAGCUAGUUUUUCGUUAUCUUUUGACUUUUUCUGCCACAGACUCCGCGCAUAUAGCACUGUGUGUUUCAGUUUUCAGUAUACUGGCUGGUGAUUGCCCUAGUAUUGUCCAGAACCUUGGACGGUGAUAACAGAGCCGGUUGCCUAACUAGAUCCUAACCGUGUACAGUAGAUUGUAUAGAUUGUGUAUGGAGUGUUUUUAACAUGUGGUCCCAGCUGCUCGAUUAAUCUACUUUGCAUAUUUGGUUUAGAUGCUCCGGUGAUAAUUUUACAGUGCUCUUUCA